AUGGUGGCAUUGUCUUGUGGUCCCAACCUGUAUAUCCUCUCAAGAUCAGAAGUGCAUCGCUACGACCCAAGCCAGGACCGUUGGAGCAAGAGGACCCCUCCGAAACUCAUUCCUGACAUCUGUACAGCUGUUGCCAUGGGAACAGAGAUCUUCUGCACAGACAAGGAGUUCAGCAAGACGAUGGUGUACAACACAGAGUCAGAUCGCUGGCAGAAACUGUCAGGCUGGCCAAACCCUGAAAUCCUCCCUCGUCAUCUUGCCGCCAUUCCCAGGCUUUUCGUACUGGAGAACCAGCUGCAUGUAUUGUUAGCAGCGUUUGACAUUUACCUAAAGCCAUCAGAAUAUAUGGUCUAUGUGUACGACAGGUCUGCUGAUGCCUGGAGAGACUUGGAGGUCACGCUGCCUGAUAAGACUAGUAAUAGUUCAGGAAUACUGUGCCAUAUAGAGAAACUGCACAAGUUCCAUGAGAUACAUACAACCCUCUUCGUCGCCAGAUGGCGCUCCUGUAGGCUGUACAGCCCCGUAAUCAUCAUCAACAUGGCUGCCGCAGAUCAGGAACCACACGACGCUGUAGUUCGUCCUCGUUCCUACCAAGACGAGAGCUAUCUGCACGGGUUUCUUGGAACUGUGGGCGACUUACAGAAGGCUGGGGUACUGCAGGAUGUCGUCCUUGAAGUCGAGGACCGGCAAUUUCCCUGCCAUCGGCUUGUUCUGUCCGCGGCCAGCCCCUACUUCAGGGCCAUGUUUACAAGUGACAUGGCGGAAAGUCGGAAAGAGACGGUUGUUUUAAAGGGUUUGGAUGCAGGCAUGUUUGAGGAGAUCCUGAGUUACAUCUACUCGGGAACCCUCAAUGUCUCCCUGGACAAAGUGCAGCCCCUGUACCAGGCAGCCGACCUCCUCCAACUGGACUAUGUGAGAGACACCUGCAGCAGCUACAUGGCCAUGAACGUGGAGCGCUCCACCUGUGUGGACAUGUACAAGUUUGCUGAUGCCUUCUCUGCAGAUAUGCUCAGGAAACAUUGUCUGAAGUGUAUUAGUAAACACUUUGCUAAGGUUGCCUCCAGUGAGGAGUUCUGCAGCGUGAGUGUAAAUCAGCUGACUGAGAUCAUCAGCCAUGAUGAGCUGGAUGUUAAAGAGGAGACAACAGUGUGGGAGGCUGUGGUGAGAUGGGUGCAGCACAGCAGGGAGGACAGACUGCACCACCUACCCAGCAUCCUCCCUCACAUCCGCUUCAACCUGCUGACCUCAGAUGACACGGCAGCCAUCUUGAAACACCCCCUGGUCAGGGAGGAUCCUGGGAGUAGUUCUGGAGUUGUUAGGAAUGUGGUACAGAAAGGAAACUCCAGCGUGAACCUCCGGCAGGGAAUGGAGACCAUGGAAAUGGUUCUGCUGUCCACUGAAGAGAGAGACGAGCUUGUCUUCAUGAACCCACGGGAAGGGAAGUACAUCAUCUGCAAUUACGUUCCCGGAGACCUUCACUAUGGCAGGGUCAUGACAGUCACCAGUGAUAAUGACAUUUACCUACUGAGUAGAGAGGGAGACGUGGGCAUUGAUCGGCUCUCACUGUUCAAGUACAACCAUGCAGAAAAUGGGUGGGAACCUGCUGAUAUGUCUGCAGAAUCUGGCUUGGUAAGGCCAGUAGGUGGUUGGUCCCAGUGUGAUGAGCUCAUUUUGGAAAUUGAUGGAAGUUUCUACCUUGUGGUUGCAAUGAUAGGAGAGAGCCCGGUGGUUGAGAUGAGAAAGUAUGAUUGGCACAGGAACCAGUGGCAGGAGUGUUCGCGGCUACACCUAAACACCUCACAACGCGGUCCCCACCUGUAUUUCCUCUCAAACACGGAAGUGCAUUGCUAUGACCCGAGCCAGGACCGUUGGAGUGAGCGGUCCCCACCAAAACUCAUUCCUGAAAUCUGUUCAACUGCAGCCAUGGGAACCGAGAUUUUCUGCACAGAUCUUGACUUCACCCAGACCAUGGUGUACAACACAGUGAUGGAGCGUAGCGCCUCGGCACACAGAUCUCCAGGUGGUUCUGUCGCUGGUGGCCUUCCAGGCUGCGGCGAUGGUGAGGCCGGCAGACUGCUGCAGGUCGUUGGCCAGUUGAUCGAGCCAAGUACGCCUGGGUCGUCCUCUGGGGCGGGACCAGGUACUGGGGUUUGGUUCUCUCAGCAGGACGACAGGUUCGGGAGCAGGUUCUGCCCGAGCAAGGUGGCCAAAGAGGCGAAGACGGGCAGAGCGGAUCUUUUGGGAAAGUGGUGGCUGGUUGGUGAUGCUACGCAGGGUGGCAUUGGAGACUCAAACUGGUGUUUUAAAAUUCAACAACGCUAA